GGUGACAAAUAAUAAGCUAGCCAUCAAUUGAUCCAGCCGCCUUCCCUCCACCUACUGAUCUCAAAUAGAGAAUGGAACCAUUCUCAAAGGGAAGGCGCCUCGACUCAUUUGAUUCUUUCAUUGCACUCAAUUUUAUUUGCCAGUGGUACAAAUUCAUGACUAUAUUGAUAGAGAAACAAUAGAAAAGUCCCCUUUUCUAAUUGCACCACACGUUUAUAGGCCACGAGAGAUGGAACUGCUAGCUAGCAGCAUGGGGGCGCGUGGAGUCAAAGCUCGUACUAAUGGCAUAUUCCCUGAAAAUGAUGGAAAGAGCUAGGAGCUCCGUUCAGGAGUCUGGACAUGUUCUAGUUCUCCACUCCAAACUGCCCUACGCCACCGUUUUCCAUCAUUAACCUUCCCAGUAGUUUCUAUGGACCUCUCUUUACAAAAUGCAAACUGAGCUGAAAUUUGCUAAGUUCACCUAACCUUGCAUGUGACCAGAACUUUUUAACACUCCAAUCGCAUUUGAAAACCUAAAAUUUUCACUGUUUUUAUUGACAAGUAUGGCCACUCUUACUUUCACACCAUCCCCAGCACCAUAUCCCCUACUUUCGCAAAGAAAACUAACUGGUCUAGGUCCUAGUCAAUGCCUUGGAACUCCAAAAGAAGCCAUCCGAAUCCCUAGUAGUAAUGGAAAGGCCAUGUUUCCUGAAAAGGGUCUUUUAGCACGCGCGGAAACAUCAUCACCUCCUACGCCUCGCCGGAUAAUCCUGGUAAGGCAUGGACAGAGUGAAGGGAAUGUGGAUGAGAGUGCCUACACAAAAGUCGCUGAUCCCAAGAUUUCGUUAACCGAGAAAGGCAAGGCUGAAGCUGAGGAAUGUGGAUGGCGAAUAAGGGAAAUGAUUGAGAAAGAUGGAGCAGAUGAUUGGAAGGUUUAUUUCUAUGUGUCACCAUACAAAAGAACACUUGAAACGCUUCAGCACUUGGGCAGGGCAUUUGAGCGUUCGAGAAUUGCUGGCAUGAGAGAAGAGCCUCGAAUCCGGGAGCAAGACUUUGGAAAUUUUCAGGACAGAGAGAAAAUGAGAGUUGACAAAGCUCUUCGUCUGCGUUAUGGUUGUUUCUUUUACCGCUUCCCUGAGGGAGAAUCUGCGGCAGAUGUUUAUGACAGAAUUACUGGAUUCAGAGAAACACUUAGGGCGGAUAUCGACAUUGGACGCUUUCAGCCACCUGGCGAGCGGAGCCCAAACAUGAAUCUAAUUAUUGUGUCACAUGGCCUAGCAUUGCGUGUGUUUCUGAUGAGGUGGUAUAAAUGGACUGUGGAACAAUUUGAAAGACUCAAUAACAUGGGCAAUGGUAACAUAAUUGUCAUGGAAAAAGGUUAUGGUGGAAGAUACAGCUUAUUAAUGCACCACACUGAAGAAGAGCUAAGAGAGUUUGGAUUGACAGAUGAAAUGUUGAUUAAUCAAGAAUGGCAAAACACUGCAAGACCAGGAGACCUGAAUUAUGAUUGUCCAGUAGUAAAUUCUUUCUUCACUCACUUUGAAGAUGAGGGCUGCAGGACCCCGUACUAAGAGAAGAUAUUAGAAUUUAGAUUAUCACUAUACAACAGAAAGGAGCUGGGGAUUAUUAUUAGACAGACUAAAGGCUAGACAACAUGAAGCCAAAGAUUUUGAGCCUGCAGAGUGCUUGACAUCAUGAUUCUGCUAAGGAAUAAUUCCUGGUGUCAUAUUCAUCAUUCUUGCAGGGAUUCUGAUUGGAACGGGAGGCAAUGCCACAGUUCCCUAGCCAUUCUUCUAUAGGGCAAUAUAACAAAAGGUAUUGACAAGGAAAUUGAAUCAGCUAAAGAGAAAAUUUACAUGCUGGAUUGUCAUUCUCCUUAAAUGAGUAGCAAAUUUUAAGAACAUGAUGAGGUGGUUCAUAUUAUAAUUCAACUCAUAGUUAAGAAAAAGUUAUCCUGACUGUAUUAAUUUGUUAGAUCUGUGAUGUGAACUAUCACACAAUAUUCAACUAAUGAAGAGGAUAAUAGAAUUUAUGUUUACGUUAUAUGUAAUAUUGGG